AUGAUUGGCCGCAGUAAAGCGUCAGGAAAAUGGCGGCGAGUACCUCUCUAGUCCCUGUGGCCGUGACGGCUGCGGCGAUGCCCGGCCUGUCCGUGAACGCAGACUUCUCAGAUUUGCGGGAAAUUAAAAAGCAGUUGCUGCUUAUUGCUGGCCUUACUCGGGAGCGGGGCCUGCUGCACAGUAGCAAAUGGUCCGCGGAGUUGGCCUUCUCUCUGCCCGCGUUGCCUCUGGCCGAUCUGCAGCCGCCGCCGCCUGUGACGGAGGAGGAUGCCCAGGAUAUGGAUGCUUACACCCUGGCCAAAGCCUACUUUGAUGUUAAAGAGUAUGAUCGGGCAGCGCAUUUUCUUCAUGGCUGCAACAGCAAGAAAGCCUAUUUCCUGUAUAUGUAUUCCAGAUACCUGUCUGGAGAGAAAAAGAAGGAUGAUGAAACAGUCGAUAGCCUAGGUCCCUUGGAGAAAGGACAAGUGAAAAAUGAGGCCCUUAGAGAAUUAAGAGUGGAACUCAGCAAAAAACAUCAAGCUCGGGAACUUGAUGGAUUUGGUCUUUAUCUGUAUGGUGUUGUGCUUAGAAAGCUGGACUUAGUGAAAGAGGCCAUUGAUGUGUUUGUGGAAGCUACUCAUGUUUUACCUUUGCACUGGGGAGCCUGGUUAGAGCUCUGUAACUUGAUCACUGACAAAGAAAUGCUGAAGUUCCUGUCUUUGCCAGACACCUGGAUGAAAGAGUUUUUCCUGGCCCAUAUAUACACAGAGUUGCAGUUGAUAGAGGAGGCCCUGCAGAAGUAUCAGAAUCUCAUUGAUGUGGGCUUUUCUAAGAGCUCAUAUAUUGUUUCCCAAAUUGCAGUUGCCUAUCACAAUAUCAGAGAUAUUGACAAAGCCCUCUCCAUUUUUAAUGAGCUAAGGAAACAAGAUCCUUACAGGAUUGAAAAUAUGGACACAUUCUCCAACCUUCUUUAUGUCAGGAGCAUGAAAUCUGAAUUGAGUUAUCUGGCUCAUAAUCUCUGUGAAAUUGAUAAAUACCGUGUUGAAACAUGCUGUGUAAUUGGUAAUUAUUAUAGUUUACGUUCUCAGCACGAGAAAGCAGCCUUGUAUUUCCAGAGAGCCCUGAAGUUGAAUCCUCGGUAUCUUGGGGCCUGGACGCUCAUGGGGCAUGAGUACAUGGAAAUGAAGAACACCUCUGCUGCCAUCCAGGCUUAUCGACAUGCUAUAGAGGUCAACAAGCGGGACUACAGAGCUUGGUAUGGCCUUGGGCAAACCUAUGAAAUCCUUAAGAUGCCAUUUUACUGCCUUUAUUAUUACAGACGGGCCCACCAGCUCCGGCCCAAUGAUUCUCGUAUGCUGGUUGCAUUAGGAGAAUGUUAUGAGAAACUCAAUCAACUAGUAGAAGCCAAAAAGUGUUAUUGGAGAGCUUACGCCGUGGGAGAUGUGGAGAAAAUGGCUCUGGUAAAGCUGGCAAAGCUUCAUGAGCAGUUGACUGAAUCAGAACAGGCUGCCCAGUGUUACAUCAAAUAUAUCCAAGAUAUCUAUUCCUGUGGGGAAAUAGUGGAACACUUGGAGGAAAGCACAGCUUUCCGCUACCUGGCCCAGUACUAUUUUAAGUGUAAGCUGUGGGAUGAAGCUUCAACUUGUGCCCAAAAGUGUUGUGCAUUCAAUGAUACUCGAGAAGAAGGAAAGGCCUUGCUUCGGCAAAUCCUGCAGCUAAGGAACCAAGGCGAGACUCCAACAACUGAGAUGCCUGCUCCCUUUUUCCUUCCUGCCUCACUGUCUGCUAACAACACUCCCACACGCAGAGUGUCUCCACUCAACUUGUCUUCUGUCACUCCAUAGUGGGCUACUUUCAAGACAGCACAUUGCUACAUCCAUGUUAAGUCAUACCUCCAUAUAAAGAUCAGCCACAUCUGUUCUCCCAAGGACCACAGCUCCUCUCAUUUGUACAGAUGGAAAUAGCUCCUUGGGGAAGUUAUGACCUUCAGAGGCAGACAGAAGAAUACUGGCAGGAGUACACACUGUACUGUGUUUUGCAAUUAGAAGCACUUCUAUCUCCCGUUUGUUGAGAGUGUGACUAUAGAUCUUGCCCCCUCCCCGAAACAUCUUUUUUCAGCACUUUAGCACAGACUGCUACAGGCACAAGGUUUUAAUGCUGCUGGGAAUGGGGCAGGAAAGGGAGAGACCUGCCACUCUACCCUCUUGGCAGGAGGGGCACUGAAGCCCUCGAAAGGGGUUAGGGCACUAGCCAGAAUUAACUUCUUGAAUUUGCUGAGUAUGACCCCCAUUCUGAUGUCAGAGAUUAGUUUUAAAUGGAGUGGAGUUAAUUUAUUCUUAUUCCAUAAGACAUUCUUCAAAAGUUUUGAAAAAGUCUCCUAAAAGCUUUCAGAUUGGAAGUAUUGGGUUGAAU